UCUGAACUAACGUGAAGGAUUACUGCGCCGAGCCGCUUUUUUUUUUUUAUGCGCUCCACCACUACGCUUUGUUUCUGUUUAUUAUCCUGGAGGAGACGCGUCACUGCGGCUUAUCAAUUCCCCCUUCUCCAGAACUGGGAAUUACAAUGAAACAUGUAAGGUGACACAUUUGGUGUGGGAUCACUGGGAACUGGGAGAAGAAAACCAAGCAUGAAAACUGCUGAAGCUGCGGCCUACCCAGAGUGAACCGUCUGAUCAGAACCAUCUCAUCGCAUCUAUUGGGGGAAAUUUUCCCAACUUCCCUUCUUUCAAAUCUCCCACUCCUGUUUCACAUUUCCUUUUACUAAUUGCUCAUUUUUUUUCUUUUAUUUUAAUGGCCUGGAUGAAGAUUUCUGUUUUUUUUUCUUUAUCUUCCUCUCUUUCUUUGCCAAAAAGACCAAAAGCAGAUGCCAAACUGACUGUGUUGAAAGAGAAAGCAAAAAAAAACAUCUAAUGGAAAAACUUUUCUCUACAUAAUCAAGUAUUUAGUCAAACCAGCCUCAGCUCCUGAUUUAUUUACCAACAUAAACCUUUAAGUCAUCCUCCCUUUACAACCUCUGACAUCAUAUUUAUUUGCUUCUGACUGCGCAGUGUUCGCUUCUCUUAGUGCUAAAACUGCGUGAUUUCUCCUGCCAAGACCAUAAUCAGUGCAUUAUUGGUUCAAAGUGCUUUAUAAACCCAGUGACAGAGGAAGCGUGUGUUGAGCAGCGAUAAUUCUCUGACUCCGUCUGAAGAUUUUAUUUUUAAUCAGAACUGCGUUUUGACAGACGUUUAACACGAGCCACGUUUGACCAGAUAAAUCCACGACCGCCAUCAUCAUCGCCGCUGCUGCUAUCUGAGAAGCUUAGACGUACACUGUCCUCUCAGUCUGCGCUGUGAAACACUUUGCCUAUCUCCUUCUUCCAGUUGCUUACAUCAGAGAGGCCUCUCAGCCAUUGUCGUCUUGUUUCUUCCAUAUGUUGAGCUCGAUUAGCGACGUUUAAGCCCCCUUUAUCAAGUCCCAGUGAGCUCUUGACUACUCUCCUGUUUACUUUAGGAAAAUAAUGCAAUUUAAAACCUUUCACUCUACUCGUCUUUCUAGAUAAAAGAAAAACAAUUUUUUAAGCAAAAAAAAAAAAAGAGCCAAACCUGAAGCCAUACUGAAGAACACCAGCCAUACAGAUAACUUUAACAUUUGCAAAACUCCUCACAGCAUUUUAGCUUUUCGUUUUAUAACAAAGUGAUCUUCGUCAUCUUGGUGCACGCAGACACACGUUCAGGAAAUCCAUGAGGAAACUGUUGGUUCCUCCGUUGGGAUGAAAGAGGAGCCUCUGUGAUUCGUGUUUUUUUCUAAGGCAUUUUUUCUAGUCUGCGGCUUUGAAUCGUGGCAGCCACGGUGACCACGUCUAGUUCCCCUUCUACGUGGCGUGUUCCUAUGCAUUGACGGAUGAAUCCAGACAGUUUCAUGUCUGUUCUGUGGGCAGAACCUCGCUGCCCUGCUAGAACCGGGCCCAAGCCCUCCUUUGUUCUCUUCUGUUGGGCCAAGCUAAACUCAGAGCAGAGACACUCGCGCAAAGGAACUGAACGCACAUAGAUCUGCGGUUUUUUUUUUUCUGUUUCUUCGGUCCCUCUAAGUGGUCACCUGCUUCCAUUCUGAACGAUUAGACAUGUCAGUUUAACGGACUGAUCUGCUUCUUCCAGAACGUCUUUCCUGAAAGUCUUGAAGCUGCUUAAUGCUGUUCCUUUACCUUAUUUUCAUUUAGCACCAUCAGAGCUCACUGCUUUUUAAAUCCCGUGUUUAGACCAAACCUCUAAGCAUACACACCUUUACUGAACCUCAUUCUCCAAGUUCUUUAGUAGAGCUUACUAUGGAGAUUGAAAGAGUGAUGUAGAAAACCCACAAACUGAAGAAGCUUGUGCCAAAUUCGAUCUCUGAAGCUGCCACCACUGUUGUUUACAGACUCACAGCCUGAAGCUACAUUGUUUUCUUUCCGUGUCUGAUUAGUAUAUUUUCGUUGGAUAACAGAAGUGCCAAACUCUCGGAAGAACAGAUCCAGCAUCAUUUGGUUGGAGCGAUUUGAAGUUUACAUACGACGCUAAAUGUUUACAGUCCACUGUUUCCAUAGCAGCUUCUUACGUGCCAAACAGAGCUUCUAGAAGCGGCGUCCUCGUCGGUCAUUCUGUUCAGAGUUUACAGUUUUCCUCAAACUCUUUUUUGUUUACAGUAAACGUGUAAAUACUGCCACUCUGAAACAGUCUGAGUUUUGGCCAAGAGGAAGAAAAUGCCACUCUGAGAGCUGAGGGACUCGAACUGAUUAUCCAGACCCCAGUGCCAAUGACAAAGUGGCAUUGUGUUGUUAACGUUGACUGGUUACAGGGCCUACACCCCUGAUGAACCUCAAUGUUUACACAAGCUGCUAUUGGAUCGGUUUGUUUGCAUAGAAAUGUUUACAUUCUGAUGAACGAGUAAAAUGCCAAACACAUUCAUGGAUCAGCUGCUGAACGGCACCCCGACGCUGUGCAUCUGAACUGAAAAAUUGUUCAUCUUAAAGGUUUUAACACUUUAGAGGGCUGCCAUCUUGGAGUUGGACUCUGAUUUUUUUUUUCUGAAUCCCGACUGAAGAACCUAAACCCAGAACAAUGAAACCCACGCUGUCAAAAAGGAGGAUUUCCUCCUGUGUCAUCCUGCUGCUUCUACUCUGCCUCCCCGUUUUCCCCCUAACAAUUACCGUGAAGCGACGAGGUGGCGACGGCGACCAAAGUACGCUCGAUAGCACCAAAGGGUCCGCUGGUAAAACGAGCAGCACCUUGUUCCUUUUGACGGGCUACAAGGCCGCACCCUCUGGAGGAUCCGAAGGGGCACUGAAAGCAGCCGAGAUGGAGGACGAUGAUGAUCCGCCUGCGGUGGCUGAACUCCCUCCGAAGCCCCUCCCACAGAGGAUGUACCCACGGGACGUGACGGAGAACCCACUGAGGCCUCCGCUCAGUGGGGCCCAGGUGGCACCCCCACUGGUGGAGGGGGAAGUUUGCAGGGGCUACUUCGACGUCAUGGGGCACUUUGACAAUACAUUCAACUGCUCCAAGGAUACGUACGUCUACUGCUGCGGUACCUGCCAUUACCGGUUCUGCUGCGAGCACCGGAGGAACCGACUGGACCAGGAAACCUGCACCAACUACAAUUCCCCACAGUGGGCCGACCCGCAGGUCCCCGUCACUGUUUCCUCUGGCAACAAGCACGACCCCGACUUUGAGACUCUGCAGCAGCAGAGCAGCAGCACUGGUUAUGUGAUCGGAGGGGUCAUCUCCUUCACGCUGGUGGUGGCUGUGGGUGUCAGGGUCGCCUUCAGCAAGGUGGCGCGUCGACCACGCAACAGAGAGGUCAACAUGCCCAGAUCCCUGGUGGACAUUUUACGUCACCAAUCGAGCCCCGGGCAACAGGGAGAGAGGAACAACGCCGCCAUGCUGACCACCACCACGUCUGACGGGCGCACAUCCAAAAACCUCUACACCCCGGUCCUGCAAAUGAAAGACAACCGCACGGGGAACUUCCACCACCCUUUUAACCAGCAGGGGUCUGCUUCCAGCCCCAAACACUCUGCUACCAUCGAGCGUGGACCCCGUAUGAACAACACCUCCCAGCUGCCGUCUGGAGCUACCCUGAUUUCAGGAAGCGGUAAAGGCACAGGAGGGGUUGGCGUCGGUGGCAUCCUAAGCGGGAGCAUGAGGCACAACAGCAGCCACCCGUCUUUCUCCCACUCCUUCCACAACCUGGCCCAGCUGCCGCCGUCCUACGAAGCGGCCAUGAAACCUGAGCUCAGCCGCUACAGCUCCCUGAAAAAACUGGAGAAAGAGCUUGACGAAUACUCGGGUUAUUACACCUCCAAACGACGUUCCAACAACGCCCCGCCCUCCUUCCACUCCUCACAGCACCACCUGCCCUGGGGGGGUGACUAUACACUGGGAUCCAAGGGCACUCUGCCGCUCCACGGCUCCCGCCCACAUCUCCACAUCCCGGCUUCCACACCAAACCCCUACCCACUCCCCUCCCAGACGCCGUACACCAGCUCCACCUUCGAUAGGCCGCCUCGCCGCGUUCGCUCCCAGGACCAGCUGCUGGCCCUCGGGGAGGGUAACACCCUGUCCCGCUUGUCCAAGAACCAGCAGCACCAGUACUACAAAGCCAUGAUGAGUACCAGCAGGAGCUCCACAUCACAGACACUCCGCAGGUCUCAUGAGCGUCUCCUGGUUUCACCCGACCGCCUGGAAGAUCGUUUGAUGACGAUGGGUCUGCCGAUGGGAACGAUGGAGAGAGGGGCGGUAAGCGGGAUGGUUCCCACUAUGGGCCGACUGAGCCACCACCAGAAGGCCCAGUCGCAGCAGAACAUAUGCGCCACGCCGUCCAUGGACCGACACCACAUGAUCAAGAUGAACUCCCACCCGACAUCAGGCCAUGAUCACGAGCGCAGCUCCGCAGCUCUGCCCGUCAUGGGGAUGCACGCCUGGGACUCCCACGGGGGCCACGGUGGAGGAGGAGCAGGGACGGGCGGAGGCCACCCCAGUGCCCGACGCAUGGCCUUCGCCACCAAAAGGCAGAACACCAUCGAACAGCUGCACUUCAUCCCUGGAGGAGGAGGGCAGACGUUGCGGACUGGCAGUAAGAACGAGGUGACGGUGUGAGAGCGGGAGGAAGAGAGACGCACAGUCAAACAAUGAGGAGAAGGAACGUAAAGAAGAGAAACGAGUUUUACCCCAGCUGGCUGCUCCCCCUUUAAAGAAAAACAACAAAAAAUGUGGUUGAAUACAACAUUUAUGUCUUGUUAGUAAACCCAAUCGAUGCUAUUCUUGUCACUUUAUGUUUUGAAAAAGAGAAUAUUCAGCCAUUCUUUGCAAAAGGAAGAAAAAAAUUCCUCAUAAAAAGAGCAAAAAAGAAUGCAGCUCAGAGGCUGCUGGGUAUUCGCUGUGACUUUUAUUGAAGGAUAUCCGCUGAGUUGUUGAAUCAUCCUUGAGUUUUAUUGCACUGUCCUCUGAGUCCUCGAGUGCUCUGACAGAAAUUCAUCUGUCGUUGAAUCCACUGUGGAUGGUGAAGAGCACCGAGCCUGGAGAGAGACAGGUUUGCUUGUUGUUGUAUUUAUAAUGAUAUUUAGAACCAAACAAGUUACUUUUGUAUGAAAAUAACUUGAUAUUGAUUAUAACAUGACUGAGCCCUGUAGGAUUUCGUGUAUACUUAGUUGAAAACAUAUUUAUCCUCAAACCCAGCCGGUUUGUAACUUAAUGGCUGAAUUAGACGAUCAUCGCUUUCUGUAGAUGUGAUUGGACUAUUUAUGUCAAACUGCUGAUUCACUCCAGCCAAGUGCAGUUAACUGUCAUCUGUUGGCUUUACGGCUUCAAUAAUUAAAGAUUUAAAAUGAAAGAUUUAGGAGGAAAACAACACCAAUGCCACCUCAUACUGCUGCCAUAAAGGCCCAGUCACACCAGCACUCCACAAGAAAACCAAGUCAGAGGUCCAAUUAAAUAACCCACCGCCAUUUUGUUAGAUUUCUUCCAAUUCUGGCAUGAAGGAGGGCAUUUUUACCCAUUUACUCAAAGCCUUAAACACAAAAAAAAAACAAUUG